AUGGUUGCAUCUCGCGAAGAAUAUGAUGUCUUGCUAGUCGGGGCCGGUAUGUCUGGCCUCUGCGCACUUCAUCAUAUUCGGAAACGAUUCCCCCAUUGGCGGAUAAAAGUCCUUGAGGCUGCACCGGAUGUUGGUGGCACAUGGUAUUGGAAGUGCUAUCCUGGCGCACGCUUCGACUCUGAGUCUGUCUCUUAUGCUUUCUCAUUUGACGAAAGUAUCCUGAAUGACUGGCGUUGGAAGGAAACCUCCUCGGCACAGCCAGAUACCUUAAAAGGCCGUUCCUACGUCACGAGAUUCUACGUCUCCUGCCUCGGUUUCCUUUCCAACCCAACGGUUCCUGCUAUCCCUGGCAUUGAAUCGUUCCGAGGCCGUGGAUUCCACACUUCACAAUGGCCUAAGGACCUAACAAAUGCUGAUUUAGCAAACCAACGUAUCGGUGUCUUGGGCACUGGAGCCACUGGUAUCCAAACAAUCACUGCCCUUUCCAAAGUACCGGGCAUCAAGUCGCUCACAGUAUUCCAACGGACCGUCAACUGGUCUGCUCCACUCCACAAUAGUGAAAUUACCGACGAGCAAAUGGCGGAAAUUCGCAAGGACUGGGCCGAGAUGUUUCAAACCUGUGCGGACACACCAACGUGCUUCAUAUACAAGGCAGACCCUCGCAAGUCGUCUGACGUCACACCGGAAGAGCGUCACGAACUCAACCAACUAUACUCCAACUUCAUGGCCGACAAAAUCAGAGGUCGCGUUAACGAUCCUGAAGUCGCAGAAAGUUUGAUUCCGAAAGAUCACGGCUUUGGCCUUCGACGUGUGCCUUUGGAGAGCGGGUACUUUGAAGCGUAUAAUCAGCCGAAUGUUCACUUAGUCGAUCUAAAGAAGAACGCUAUUGACCAGGUUACACCUAAGGGCGAGAUGGGACGGAGCACGAAACGGUGUUCCCCUCUCAUGGGUAAAAGCGGCACUGAAGAAGGUGACAAAGCCGUUUGGGUUGACUAUCGACCACGGACGUACCUGGGCAUGACAGUUCCCAAGUUCCCUAACAUGUUCAUGGUCCUGGGACCUCACCAGCCUUUUGGGAACGCGCCGCGUAGCAUCGAGCACGCCGUUGAUGUUAUCGUCGAGAUGUUGACUACUUGUGACGAGAAUGGUUAUACAUACGUCGAACCAAAAGAAGAAGCAGUGGAAGCCUGGACCGAGCAUGUGGCGGACUGCAGCGAGGGUGCGUUGCUGAACGAGGUCGAUAGCUGGAUGACUGGUGUGAACAAGAAUGUCGCGGGUAAAACGGUGAGAAACGUGGCACGGUAUGCCGGUAGUGCCAUUGAAUUCAGAAGGAGGUGCGAGUUGAGCAGGGCGGCAGGAUGGCCCGGGUUAGAAUUUGCUGGAAACUUGCCCAUGGCAAGCCUAUAG